AUGAAGGGCUCAGAUCACCCAUCCCCUUUCUUGUUCACCGUAGACACUACCACAGGUGAUCAUCAACAUACAAGAAGUUUGCGACGAGGAACGGAAAAUCGGAAUAGACGACGGAGGAGAGGCAUGAAGGAGGCUGCAGCGGCGGAGCUAGAGAGACUCCAAAUUGAGAUCCUCCGUAGAAUCUCCGUUCUCGAGAGCUCGUUCCUCCCACAGAUUCCCUCGCCCUCGUCGCCUUCUCCACCGGACGAUGAAAGCGAAACGGUCGCUCGCCUCUCCGCCAUCCUCCGGUCCGGAGGCGUUAACGAUUUCUGCUUCAAGAGAGUCGCUCCCGAUUACUACGACUGGCCUCUCGAAUCCCGCCGCGACGUUCUCUCCGCUUCUUCUGUCGACCAUCUCUGCAAGAGCAUCGUUUUGGUGAACACACAAGCUGCAUCAAAUAUUGUGGAUUGCAGUGAUCGCAACAACUCAAAAUACUAUCUUGUUGUGGUUCAGUACUCAGCCAGAUUCAACGCCGAUGCAGUGAAGAGCUUUCUUUAUUCACUAAACGAGGGCAAGAUCCCAAAGAAAAGAUUUAACCUGAGACUUGCUCCUGAGGAGACGUCAAAUAAAUUGACUGGUUUUGGGCACAAUGCGGUAACCUGUAUAGGUAUGAAGACAGACAUACCGGUGAUAUUGGAUGAGGCCAUAACCAAACUAACCCCAGACUUCUUCUGGUUGGGCGGUGGAGAGAUCGAUCUGAAGCUUGGCGUAAGAACAUCUGAAUUUCUUGAUUUUGUGAAACCAUUUGUCGUUCCUUGCAGCUGA